UCCAGGAAUGCGCUGUACCGCUGUUGGAUAGGAUACUGCGUUUAACUGCGGUUUGUGCGUUACGCAUGUGAUAGUUUGCCUUGUGUGUGAAGAGGACGGCGGCGCUUCGUGUCUGCUGGCAUAACUGACUUCUGAACCUUGAAGUGAGGGAGACAUCGUAGAGCAGACGGAGGGCUAAAUAUCAAGGCUGACUGGGAUGCUGUAUGGCCGUCCUGUAUGCGCAUGGAUUUCGCUCUGCUUCAUGUUGAUCACUGAUGAUUGGUUUUAAGAACCACGGAGAGGAGCGUGGCUGAAUGAAUGCUCAAAUCAGAUGUACAACUUCAGGGUUUCCAUUUUGGAUAUAACCCUUGGUAUAUUGAUAUGACGUAAACAGGCAAGUACAUCAACAACAUUGAUCGGUGUAAUGUGAUGGUCUUUAGGCUCACCGCUUACCGACACAUGGUUUCAAAUGAGAUCUACAGCCAUUGAGACGACGGCAAAUCUGGUCAUUAGGCGGCAGCUGUUCAUGUGGUCAAGGAACACCCGACAGAUGUUUGCGAUGCUGAAAUGCUGGCCGUUAACAAACUUGUCAGAUAGCAGUGUACCUUUCAAUUAAUCAAAAAGUGUGCAUGUGCCGUGGAUGUAUUUUAUUUUUCUCCAAUUUUUUUCAACAUGUCAUUAUAGCUACAGCCUACACUGGAUUUUAUUUAGCCUAUCAGGCUAUUUAUUUAUUUAUUUCAUUAUAUACUGGCGAGAGAGCGCGCAACAUGUAUUUCCUGCCAGUGCUACUGUCAGAGAAAAUUUGAUGGCAGCAUAGCGCGACUGAAAGCGUCAAAAGAAGGCAAGAUCAAUAGUUUACUCAAGGGAUGACAGGGUAAAUACAUUGAUUUAUACAAUCCCAUGCAACUCCUGCACUGGGGGAAAAGGAUGUUGUUAAUUUGUAGUGCACAUUCUUCUUUCUUUCUGUCACGGGUGUAGACUGGUUGUUGUGGUGUUGAAUCACAUCUAUUUUUCCUCUUGCGUGAGGUGUCAUACUCUUAAGAGCAACAUCCAUUAAAUGGCAAUGUCUUCCUUCUUAUGUGAGGGAUUCACCAUGGAAACCCCGAGUGUGCGAUGGUGGCGACCUCAGUGGAUUGGAGGCGGUGUGAUAGAGAUGACAGUGUAAACAACCCUGUUUCAUGGAGUAUAGGUUUCGUGGUGGCUUUUUUUGUUUUACUUUGACUGCGUUUUAUGCGUUUUUGAACGUCUUAGAAUUGCCACCAUUUAGGGUAUUCAGUUCGCGUUAGUCACUAGAUUGAAUAUUUAUUAGACGCUAUGAAUGCGUCCUAGAUCUCCUCCGCUCACAACCUGUUAAACGGGUCUUAUGAAAAGGUAUUUUAAGUACUGAAGUACCAGCCAGGCUGCAUCACUGUGCAACGCUGAAGGACGGUAGGCCUACUAGCGUUACACCGGUUCUAAAAUGAAUUAUGAUAUGUAAUUAAGAUCUUUUUAGAAUGAUAGGCUUGACAAUCAAAAGAUUCACUGGAUCCAGUACAUUCUCAGGAAGGUAUGAUGUGGACAGGCCAGCACAAUGUGUUAGUACAGAGCCGACACACAAGCACAAGGUGUGAAAUCCACUUGCAGGGCGGCAGGUGGGUUUGCAUACAUUGACUUUGACUCCAGAGGACGACGAGGAACAGGAACCGGGUCGCCGCAAUGCCUCGGAACCGGGCCUUCUCCGAGCCGGAGUACUCGGCGGAGUGCUACUCGGCCGACUGCUCUGUGACUCUGCCCUCGGACCCGGGCCAGGCGGUGGGCAGGACACACGAGGUGACGGUGCGCAGCUCGGGCUGCUGCCUGUGCCUGCCGCGCUUCAUACGGCUGACCUUUGCCCCCGAGUCGCUGGAGAACCUCUACCAGACCUACUUCCGGCGGCAGCGGCACGACACGCUGCUCGUGCUGGUGGCCUUCGCCGCCUUCUUCGACUGCUACGUCAUCGUCACCUGCGCCGUCGUCUACAACGCCGACAAGCUGGCCUCCAUCGCCGUGGCGACGGUGGGCCUGGCGGCCGACGUGGCGCUGUGCCUGCUGUGCCGCUUCGGCCUGCUGCCCGAGCGCGUGUCCCGCCGCCUGGUGCCCUACACCCUCUGGGUGCUCAUCGCCGCGCAGAUCUUCUGCCACCUGGGCCUGAACUUUGCCCGCUUCCACCAGGCCAGCGACACGGUGGGCUGGCAGGCCUUCUUCAGCUUCUCCAGCUUCCUGACGCUGCCCAUGCGCCUCACGCCCAUCGUGCUGGUCACCGCCGUGUCCUGCGGCGUCCACACACUCGUGCUGGGAGUCACCAUAGCGCAGCAGCAGCAGCAGGACAUCCAGGGGGGAGAGCUCGGACGACAGCUCCUGGCCAAUGUAGUGAUCUACCUAUGUGCCAUUUGUGUGGGAGUGAUGUCGUAUUACAUGGCCGACCGUAAGCAUCGCAAGGCCUUCCUGGAGGCACGGCAGUCCCUGGAGGUCAAGCUGAACCUGGAGGAGCAGAGCCAACAACAGGAGCGGCUGCUGCUGUCCAUCCUGCCGAAGCACAUAGCAGACGAGAUGCUGCAGGACAUGAAGAAGGAGCCCAGUCAGAAGGAGAUGCAGCAGUUCAACACCAUGUACAUGUACCGCCACGAGAACGUCAGUAUUCUGUUUGCAGACAUCGUUGGCUUCACCCAGCUCUCAUCGUCCUGCAGUGCCCAGGAGCUGGUCAAGCUGCUUAAUGAACUGUUUGCGCGCUUUGACAAGUUGGCCGCGAAAUACCACCAGCUGAGAAUUAAAAUCCUUGGUGACUGUUACUACUGCAUCUGUGGGCUCCCCGAUUACCGUGACGACCACGCCGCCUGCUCCAUCAUGAUGGGCUUGGCCAUGGUGGAGGCCAUCUCGUACGUGCGUGAGAAGACGCAGACGGACGUGGACAUGCGCGUGGGCGUCCACUCGGGGACGGUCCUGGGGGGCGUCCUGGGCCAGAAGCGCUGGCAGUACGACGUCUGGUCGACGGACGUCACCGUGGCCAACAAGAUGGAGGCUGGAGGGAUCCCAGGGCGCGUGCACAUCUCCCAGAGCACCCUGGAGUGUCUGCACGGUGAGUUUGACGUGGAGCCGGGCAGCGGCGGCGACCGCUGUGAGUACCUGAAGGAGCGCGGCAUCGAGACCUACCUGGUGGUGGUGCCCAAGGGGCCUCUGGGCAAGAGCGGCAUCAACGGAGUGAAACUGUCCGUCACCUCGUCUAAUGGCAACUCUCCGCUGCUGAUUAACACCACGGAGUGUAACGGCAGCGUUAACACCACCUGCACAACACCAGAGGAGCCAGAGGAGCUGGACACUAAGGUGGUUAACCCGUCGUUCCCCAACCCCCGGCGGCGUCUGCGUCUGCGGGACCUGGCGGAGAGAGUGAUUGACGCGCAGGAGAACGAACAGGAGCUCAACAAGCUCCUCAACGAGGCCCUGCUGGAGAGAGAGACUGUCCAGGCUCUGAAGGGGAAGUACACCAACCGGCUGUCCCUGCGCUUCACCGACCCGGAGCUGGAGACGCGCUUCAGCGUGGAGAAGGAGAAGCAGAGUGGAGCCGCCUUCAGCUGCUCCUGCGUCGUGCUGCUCUUCACCGCCGUGGUGGAGGCCCUCAUCGACCCCACGUUGAUAGCGAACUACGUGACUCUGGUUGUAGGUGAAGUCCUGCUGCUCAUCCUCACCAUCUGCUCUCUGGCGGCCAUUUUCCCUCGAGUAUUCCCUAAGAGGCUGGUGUCCUUCUCCACGUGGAUCGAUCACACACGAUGGGCACGCAACACGUGGGCCAUGGCAGCCAUCUUUAUUCUCACUUUGGCAGAUAUUGUGGAUAUGCUCAGCUGUAUGCCAGCUCCCAGGAACAGCUCCACCCCUGCAGUAUCUGCCCCUGGCCCCGCCCCUGGCCCUGGCUCCGCCCCCACACUGGCCCCGGGGGCGGGGGGCUGCCGGGAGAACCCCAAGUACUACAGCUUCAUCGCCGUGCUGGCGCUCAUUGCCACCACCAUGCUGGUGCAGGUCAGCCACAUGGUCAAGCUCACGCUCAUGCUGCUCAUCACCGUGGCCACCGGCGUCGUCAACGUCUACGGCUGGAGCGACAUCUUCGACCAGUACGACAAGGCCCGCUUCAAGGAGUACAGCUUUGAGCAGGUACCGUCCAAGUACAUGAUGACCGUGAUGAUCUUCAUCAUGAUGGUCAGCUUCUACUGCUUUGCCCGACACGUGGAGAAGCUGGCGCGCACGCUGUUCCUGUGGAAGAUCGAGGUGCACGAGCAGAAGGAGAAGGUGUACGAGAUGCGGCGCUGGAACGAGGCCCUCGUCACCAACAUGCUGCCCGAGCACGUGGCCCGCCACUUCCUGGGCUCCAAGAAGAGAGACGAGGAGCUGUACAGUCAGUCUUACGAUGAGAUUGGCGUUAUGUUCGCCUCCAUCCCCAACUUCUCAGACUUCUACACAGAGGAGAGCAUCAACAAUGGGGGCAUUGAGUGUCUGAGGUUUCUCAAUGAAAUCAUCUCAGACUUUGACAGUCUCCUAGAUGAGACCCAGUUUCGCUGCAUCACCAAGAUUAAAACCAUCGGCAGCACCUACAUGGCAGCAUCAGGCGUCAUUCCAGACAACACGAGCAAUGGCUACGCCUGCAUGAAGAAGGAGGAGCUCACAGACAGAGAACGCUGGCAACACCUGGCAGACCUGGCCGACUUUGCCUUGGCCAUGAAGGUCACACUCAUGAACAUCAACUACCAGUCCUUCAACAACUUCAUGCUCAGAAUUGGGCUUAAUAAAGGGGGAGUGCUAGCAGGCGUUAUUGGGGCGCGCAAGCCUCACUACGACAUCUGGGGAAACACUGUGAACGUGGCCAGCCGCAUGGAGUCAACGGGAGUCAUGGGGAACAUACAGGUGGUGGAAGACUGUUACACCAUAUUGAAGGAGUAUGGCUUCCGGUUUGUCAGGAGGGGGCCCAUUUUUGUAAAGGGGAAGGGGGAGCUUCUCACCUACUUCCUUAAGGGACG